UUUGUGACGUCAUUUAUGAACGGCCCCUUGACGAUAAAUGUCACCGCGUUGCCGUCGACUAAAACUCCGUCCCAGGUUCCCACUCCUCGUCCGUCUUCAGCGGGCACGGGGAGGUGGUGGUGGGGGGGUGAUGCGCCGUGCAUCACACCACACCCCUUGUUUGCGUGGUGAUUGUUGACGUCAAGGAGCGAGUGGGUGUGUGUGUGUCGUGCUAUUAUUUAGCACUCGUGGACCUAAGGAGCAGCAGCAGCAACAGCAACAACAACGCCACGACUCGCUGGCUUGGCUCGAUGCGCACUCGAGACGAGCGUUCAGCAACGAGAAUUGUCACAAAUUCGCAUUCACGGCGAGAGUGGGGUGGGUGGUUGGGGGUUGUUGCUGCUUCUUGCUUGAGCUGAACUGUAAAUAAACGAUAGAGGCAGACAGGGACACCCCCCCCCCGCCCCCCCCCCAAGAGGCUGUUUUAUGAGACAGGCAAACAUUUGACGGCGCUGUUCGGCCAAGGCGGCGAGUUUGAAAGCAGCAACUGUUUUCAAAGUUGUAAUUGCCGCAACAACGCUACGCUUGCCUUGUUCGCGCACAACUGGUGUACGUGGGUACUGUCGGAGGGGUUGUCUAAGAGUGUAAGAAGUCCAGCAACUGUAGAGUUUAGUGAGCGAAGUUGAACGCGGUGGGACUGCUAAGGGACGCGAGUCGACGUGGAUCCGUGAAUCCAACCGCCGCUUGCGUAAAAGGAAGUCAUUGGAGCAUUACGCAGCGCACACAACAACAAGCACCGACGACAAUCGCCCAUACGCUACGCUACGUUAAGCACUACUCGAUUCUGAUGGCAGACAGACCUUCAACUAAGCGGAGUCGACGAGCCAAUGGGCACAUGGACACAGCGAAGAUGGGGCAUGAUCGGAUUCGACCGCACCACCACCAUCACGAUCACCAUCAUGAGCAGCAGCAGCAGCAGCAGCAGCCACAGGACGUGGACCUCAACUCACUUUUCCAGGCUUGCGACACCAACCACUCGGGGGACAUCGAUUACGAUGAAUUCUCCGACAUCUGCAACGAGCUCCGGCUUCAGCCGGCUCAGACAGACGCGCUCUUCCGAGACCUGGACGCCGACAGCGACGGUGCCAUCGACUUCCGCGAGUUCUCCCAGGGUUUCCGCUGCAUCGCCGCGUCCCUGGGCCAGGGGAAGGGCGAGUCCGGGUCGCCCCGAGACCCCUGUAAGAGGCUCGAGCGUGCGCCGUCUUGCCUGGAGGACCCAGCGGCGUGGGACGACUUCGCGGACACACUGACCGGACUGCGCACGAUGAGCGGCCAGGACAACAUCGCCGAGCUCUACCAGCAGAUCGUGGCCACCUCGGACGCCGACCUCCUGCAGAGCUACGAGCGCGUCGUGCGCGACCUGCUCGGAGCCGUCGAGAGGCAGGGCGCCGAGACGGAGCGCGUCGCGGCGAUCCUCAAGCGCUCACAGGAGCAGGUGGCGGAACGGCUGGGGGAGAUGGAGGAUGAGAUGGAGCAGCGACUUGAGGCGCACGGACAGAAGAUCCGCAAAGAGGAGCGCGCACGUGCCGAGCACGUGAUCGGUGACCUGAAACGGCACUACGAGGGUGAAGCCACUGACUUGAAGCUGGCAAUCAAGAAGCUCAAGCAGUUAGAAAACAUUGCCAGGAGUACCGAUUCGGCAGAGGACGUGAUGGAACUGAAGAGGCGAAUGGGCGAGGUCACUCUCGAAAAUCAAAAGUUAAAGAAGAAUCUUCUGGAGGCCCAGACCAACGUGUUGGUCAUCCAGAGCGAGCUGGACUCCCUCAAGAUGGAGAUGACGAACCGGACGCUCACAUUCGAACAGGAGCAGAUGACAAUUAAAGAGCUGGCGGAGGAGAGGAUCGGGCUUCUUCGACAAAUCGAAGUCCUCCAGGCAACGAACCGGAAAAUUCAAGACAGCAACGAUGGCAUGAGGUCCGUGGUGGAAAGCAGCUUUUCGUCCCAAAGAAGAUCAGCUUCCAAUCACUCGACGCCCCCACCUCAUGCGACGGCCUUCCAGAGCACGCCGCUCUUGCCCAGCCAGCACAGCCCCCGGCGAUCACCGCAGCCGUACGACAGCAGGUCCCCGCGCUUCCCCUCGCCGCUGGAGCACGAGGCGGACUCGCUGGCGCUGUGCGACCCCAUGCUGCGCCCGCGGCGGGCGAGCGUGUGCGGCGAGACGGAGAGCCUGGGCGCCGUCAGCUGGUCGGACAGCGGCCUCUCGACGCAGCAGGAAGACGCGCGCUACGACGCCGACAGCGACGCCGGAACGGACGGGGAGGAGGGCGGCGCGCGGGCCCGCGAGGCGGCCGCCACGAGGAGGCGCGUUGCCGCCGACGUCGGCGGCAGCUUCGUCGACGCCGGGCACUCGUCCGACGCCGAUGCACCCGAGCUUGUCGAGGACCCGCCCGCGACGGCGAAGGCCGCGGCCCUAUCACACGGCGAGUGGGCCCCAUCGGCGCCGGUCAACCGCAGCGGCUCCAACGCCUCGUCCCGCCGCUUCAUCCCAGCGUUCCGCAAACGGCAAGAGAGCUCCCAGAGGGCAGGAGCUCCCUCCCACUCAGACCGUGUCUACAAGCUUGUCUUGGCUGGAGAUGCCGCAGUUGGCAAGUCCAGCUUCCUGCUACGCCUCUGCAGGAACGAAUUUAGGAAGGACACGAUCGCUACUCUGGGAGUGGACUUUCAAAUGAAGACGCUGAUUGUAGAUGGAGAGCACAUGACCCUUCAGCUCUGGGACACAGCUGGACAAGAGAGGUUUCGGAGCAUUGCUAAGUCGUACUUCAGGCGAGCAGAUGGUGUGUUGCUCCUCUAUGAUGUGACCUGUGAAAAGACCUUUCUAAACGUUAGGGACUGGAUUGACAUCAUUGAGGACUCCGCACCAAAAUCGAUUCCUGUGAUGCUGGUUGGAAACAAGAGUGACAUGAGGAACAUGUCACCUGGAGCCGAUCAGAAAUACGUGGCCCACACGUUUGGAGAGAAGCUCGCGAUGAAUUACAAUGCCCUGUUUUGUGAGACGAGCGCCAAGGAUGGCUCCAACGUGGUAGAGACGGUGCUACACCUGGCCCGGGAGGUCAAAAAGAGGGCCAAUUCUUCGGGCAGCGAACCUCCUGCCAAAGGAGUCGAAGUUGACGAUGAAAAUAAAAAACACAAGUGUUGUAAAUUAUAAGGUUUCCACGGAACUCGAUGAGAGCUGCGCUCCACUUGAUCUCUGGGCUUCUCGGCUGCUUCACACAUGGAUGUAGAAAUUCUAACCUUGAGUCUGAUGACAAAUACAUUUUAAAACUGGAAGAAAAAAACUUCUAAAUAUGUUUUCACUGCAGCAAAUAACUUAUUCCGACCUGCUAUUGUACUGUAUAUAAAUAAAAGUUUAUGAUCAAAGUGCAAUAAAAAAUGUAAUAUAUAUAGCAGAUAGAUUUAGAAAUGUUUGAAAGUUGCAUAUUUUAGGAGAUAAAAAAAUAUCUGAUGAAUGUAACUUCUUCUUGGUUCUUUCGGUAAAGUCACGUGGAACUAAAAUAAUAAUUGUAUUAUGUUUUAAUUUUAUU